AUGCAUCUUGCUUCGCCUGAAAUGAAGACGAGAGUAGGCGGCUGCAGUGUGUUUUGUGAGUCUGUGUCAGUGACUGAAGGAGAUUCUGUCACUCUGUCUGCGGAUCUGACUGAAAUAAAAGAUGGAAUCUCUUGGAAGUUUGGAGAAAUUGUCAUUGCUGAAAUCAAAGCUGGGGACAAUAACAUCAGUUUACAUGAAGACAGAGCUGAUGGAAGAUUCACAGACAGACUGAAGCUGGAUCACACUGGAUCUCUCACCAUCAACAACAUCACAAUCACAGACUCGGGACUUUAUCAAGUCAUCAACACAGACUCAAAGACCAAACUCAAGACAGUCAACAUCACUGUCUAUGCUCGUCUGCCUGUUCCUGACAUCUCAAGAGGCUCUUCUCAAUGUUCUUCAUCAUCAAGCUCAAACUGUUCUGUGUUGUGCUCAGUGAUGAAUGUUUCACAUGAUGUGAGUCUCUCCUGGUACAAAGGAAAGAGUUUAUUGUCCAGGAUCAUUGCGUCUGAUCUAAACAUCAGACUCUCUCUACCUCUGGAGGUGGAAUAUGAGGAUACAAACACAUACAGAUGUGUCAUCAACAAUCCCAUCACAAACCUCACACAACAUCUCAACAUCACUCAACUCUGUCAGCCAUGUUCAGUUUUCAUUCAUAUAGUUGUGAUCUGUUGUGCUGUUGUUGGAUCUGGGAUCAUUGUAGCUGUACUUCUCAUCUUCUGCAUCAGAAAACAAACACAAACUCAAACACAACAACAAGCAGAUCAGGCUGGUGAAGAUGAGAUCACUUACGCAGAGACAACAUUCUAUGAAAGACAAACAUAUAAACAGAGUGUGCUGGAGGAUGAUGUGGUGUAUGCAGGAGUCAUGAGAAGAUGAUCAAACUC